AAAAAAAAUGAUACUCCAAAACCUAUUGGUGGUUACUCCCCCAUAGUCAUUGCUAAACCUCGUCCGUAUAAUGAAACCCAAGAUCUUAUAACCCAAAUUAAUUUGAUCUAUGAUCAAAUUACAGAAGCUAAGACUCAUAGUGACCCUACUGGCAUCUUGGUUCAUGCCUACUACCUAGGAGAAAGACUCAGUACUAUAAGUCCUACUGACAAAACCCUUGGGGGUCAAACAACUUUACCGGGCCAGUCAUACUACUCUUACCCAAAUCAAGAAACUCACCGUCCUCGAAUACAACAAAUUACUCCACCUAAUUCCUGUGGAACAGGUUUUCUCUAG